AUGUUCAACACCACCCUGAACCCCGUCACCAACCUCUACGACGUGAACUCUACCAUCCCCGGUGGCCCCCGUGGUACUCCACCUUGGUACGAGUUCCCAGCGUGCGUCGCGGCCCCUUUUGCCUUCAUCUUCUACUUUGGCGUCAAGGUGUUCAACCUGGCGGUGGGGACGCCCUGUAACGUCCUGGUCAUCUGGCAGAUCGCCACAAAGAAAAGUGACUCGUGCACCACUGACAUCUUCAUCUUCAACCUGGCCAUCUUGGACGCCUACUUCUGCCUAAUGACGCCCAUAGACAUGGUCAACCGGCUGCUGCUGGGCGACAGUCGGAUUUCGUACUUUCAGAGGUUCGCGUAUGGGAUCAAGGACGCUGCGCCACUCUUUCUGGUGUGUAUCUGCCUAGACCGCUACACGGCCGUGGUCCACCCAGUACUGUUCACUGGUACUCGAGACAGUAAGAUCCGCAUUGGCAUUUCCGUGGUGGUCUGGGGCCUCAUCCUGGCUUACGGCCUCACCAAAAGCACCCUGGGAAUGGUGAGCGUCAACGAGGUCUUCAGCGGCAUCAUCCUCUUUGCCUUCGCGGUCAUGAUCUUCUGCAACAUCUCCGUCAUCUGGGUCCUCAGACGAUCUGUUGCGGGAAAGGAGGAGAUGCACCCGGUAAAGAAGAAGGCCUUCAGGAUGGUGCUGAUCAUCCUGGCCAUCGUCGUGGCCAACUACCUGCCGCCCGUGGCCCUCAUGCCCUUCGCGUCGUACUAUACGUUUGUGGAGUUCCGCUGCCAGAUCAGCAUCAGCGUGUUCUCCAUCAUGGAUCUGAGCAGCAGCAUCGAGCCUCUCCUCUACAUCACGAAGAUGGACCGCGUGGAAGGCAGGUGCUGCGGACGGAGAUUCUCUAAGAAGCCGCAAGAUGUCAAAGUGUGAUCAAGCAAAUAAACUUCAUCUUGGAAAUUUCUUCUGUUGACUAUUCCCAUUCUCACCGCGGAUAACUGGACAAAUGUGGCCCACAAAGCCAAAACCCAGUAACCACAUAUUUGGUCAAAAUUGACAGAGACUGACAUCUGACUUUUUGUCAUCUGUUUAAUUCUAAAAAAGAAAGAUUAUACCACAUAAAUGUAU